CUCGGCAAAUUGGGCGCCUGAUUAAGAUUAGAUUACCUGGUUAACAAAUGAGAAAUUGAGAAUACAAUCUUGCAUACUGUUAUUAAUAUGGAAAUUAUCUGCUUUUGGAGUUUAUUUUUAUAUUCUUCGUUUGCUAUAUUAGUUAUAACAAUGAGCCUUGCUGUGACGUAAAUCACUUAAAUCAUAUGAUGUUUGUAAUUUAUAUAAAGAAUAAAUUCUUUUUAUACCAGUACAACAUCUUCUUGCAUUAUAUUCAAUCUAAGGAAAUUGUAAAUUUUCAAUUAAAUUACCUAAUUCUACACAUUGGUUCCGUAGCAUCACUUGAAAGAGGGAGUUGCGUACAAAAAUACGACCGAAAAAGUGAUACAGACAUACAGCAUAAUUAAUUUGUAGUAACAACCGUCAUCAAUUUUCAAAUUUUUGGGAAUAAAAACUUCUAAUUAGAAAUCAAAGUACAAUUUGGUAUUUAUAUCUAAAAUCUUCAAAUCAAACGGAAAUAAUGAAGAUAGAAAAGUCUGACUGUUAUGGGAUGGGUGCUUAUUUUCUUUUUAGUAUUGGUUUGGUAAUGUUUAC